AGAAAAAUUACUUUUUAAUAGAAUACUAAAUUAAUAAUUCGGUUACCCCAAUGUUAUCGCCAAUAUGACGCCUGUCAUGUGGUGAAGUGCCAAGUUUACCAAAUGUCAUCGAUUGUUUUGGUAAACCAGUUUUUGUCAAAGUUCGUAAAAAUUGAAACCAAACGCGAUGUGAUGUAGUAUUAUUAACAGCAAUAAUGGCUAGUUUAAUGCUCAAGAAAUCUCCUAACGUUUGUUAGUUGCUCAGUUUUAUUUACAAUAUGCGAGGGCAAAUCAUCAAUUACUCAUUAUGGGAAAUUUUUAUUGGUUUUAUUGUAGUUGGAUACGCAGCGGUGGACUUGGUACCAUGUGAUAGAAGUCGAAGGGUGUUUACCUCUUCGUGGGGCGUCAUCAGUGAUGGCCCCGUUGGCUCGAAUUACACGCAAGAUAGUCAUUGUGAAUGGUUGAUCAAAGCAAAUGAAUCUGAUAAGUUUAUUUCCCUAAGUUUCCGAAGUAUGGGUACCGAAUGCUCCUAUGAUUAUGUAUUCGUUUAUGAUGGAGAUUCGUUCUCUUCCCCUUUACUGGGAAGUUUUAGUGGCAAAACUGAACCUCAACAAGUUGUUGCCUCGUCAGGGUACAUGCUUGUGUUGCUUUAUAGUGACACAAAUUAUGUUCUAGAUGGUUUUCGGGCGGAAUUUUCAAUAACUGAUUGUCCGAAUAAUUGCUCUUAUCAAGGUGUCUGCUAUAACCAUCAAUGUAUUUGUGAUAGUAACGAAUGGGGUGGAGUGGAUUGUUCUCGAAGGUUGUGCCCUGGCAAUUGUGGACGCCAGCUUGGUCAUGGACACUGUGAACAGGGUAGAUGCGUGUGCCGUUCUGGAUACUCGGGACACGCCUGUGAUUUAUAUGAAAAUGAGGCUGUAGGCAAUAAAUGGCAUUGGCUCUCACAUUCCGAAGGAGGGCUGCAACCUCGUGCAGCCCAUUCCGCUGUAUAUAUAGAAAUGACUGACUCUCUCUAUGUUUUUGGAGGAUAUAAUCUUAAUAAUAUUAUGGGUAGCUUAGAGGUGUACAAUUUCCAAACUAGUACUUGGCGUGAUGAAAACGGCAAUGUUAUAUCUGAUAAAAAUCUCCUAAAUAUAGAACCUAGCUCAAUAGCUAAGCUUAUAGAACAUGCCGGGCCUGAUUGGGAACAAAAAUGGGGUAUAAAUAGUAAAACGUCGUUUCUCAGAAAUUUGCUUUAUGCUGUCAGUGAAAAUUCUACACAUUAUAGAAGACGACAGAGACAUAGCCGGAUAAAUGAUGAACACAAGCCAGAAGCAAGGUAUGGCCAUGCAUCAUGCUCCAUAGCAAAUGGCUUUGUCAUAUUCGGUGGGAAGAUGAAAGAUGGGAGUUUGGCCAAUGAUCUGUGGUAUUAUGAUGUACAAACUCGCAAGUGGCGCUUGCGUGCGAAAUAUUCGAAUAUAACACCACCCCAUCUCACUCGUCACACCCUCACAUGUGCCAAUGGGAUCAUCUACUUAUUUGGCGGUAGUACGUCGGAUGGUGAAUUUUCCUCGAAAUUGUUCAGUAUAAAAUUAUCACCGGAUGAAACUGAGGAGUGGGAGGAAGUGAAACUGAGGGGAGGGAAGCAGUUGGACGUCAGAGUAGUGGCUCACUCCACCGUAUAUCACUCGCCGACAAACUCGCUUAUAGUUUAUGGUGGCAUAGUGGCUGGAGUUGCUAGAUUUUCGAAGUUGUCGGACAGGAUGUUCGCCUUUCAAUUAGAUAAUCGCCAUUGGUCGGAGAUCCACUACACUCGAGAGCAUCUAAGGGAGAAGUUUGUGCCAAGGGAGAGGGCCUUCCACACCGCUAACAUUUUCGGUAAUUACCUUGUGGUAUUCGGAGGUUACUCGCACCGCCACAACAAAGAGGAAAUAUGUUACGACAAUCAAAUGUACCUUUACCAUUUGGGCUGUCAUACAUGGGUAAACCCGGACAUAUUGGGCAAACACAACGAAUCGCGCUACCCCAAGCACCAGGGAGUCUUUGCACACGCCUCGAGCGUCAGGAACGGGAAUACCUUAUUACUGGUGGGCGGUUAUCACGGAAACGUAAACGGCGAUCUCUUAGCCUACGUUGUACCACCGAUGAUCGCGUCUCGCUGGGGUGAGUCCUACGAUCCGGAAACCACCUGCGUAAGACAUCGCAACUAUGCGGAAUGCUCGGCCGAUCCCGAGUGUGGUUGGUGUUCCGCUGACGAACAGUGUUACGGCAGAACCAUCGGCGCCAAUUGUACCACAAACCUUCAAACUACCAGAUGCCCGGGCGUCUGUCCCACCCUGGGAGAUUGCCACUCCUGCCUCAUACACGGCCACGUGUACCCCAACAAGACCCACCUGGUGUCUGCCGCACACAAAUUAGGAUUGGAAGAGUGCACGUGGUGCGUGCAGAACGCCAGAUGUCACCACAAGGACGACAAUUACGGAGUCUGCGGUCUUCAGGAAGACAGUCCCAGUCAGAUACCCGGUUGGUGGGGCUCCAAGGGAACCGAGGUCAUCAAACCGGAACAGUGCAGGGAGUUCGACAUGAGACCCGGCCUCACCUUCGUCAAGUACAAUUAUCCCGUGAACCUCACCCAGCCUGACCACGUCGCGAUCAUUAACGCGACGACCGUUGAUUUCAACAGCGCCUCCAGUCCUCAAUUGAGGGCGGACUACGUCACGGGCGGCGAGAUGAUCGCUCGCCUGCUCGGUUUCCUGAGGCUGCCCCAAAUGUGGCAGGAAAUGCUCAACGUCUGCAUAAGCUACUGCUCGGCGACGUUGACCUUGGCCGAUAACAUGAUCGCGAACGUUUCCGCGGAGCAAACGCACUGCAAGUCAUUCAAGUGGCCUGGUAACUCUUCCGAUAAGAUAUCCGUCGAUUUCCGGUCCACCAAAACGAUCAACUUGAUAUACAGUACGCACCAGCAGAGCAAAAUGGAAUUGCAACAUUACAAAGAGAUAGACGAGACUCCGAAAGUGUUCACGUUCGAGUAUCUCGAACCGUAUUCAAACGGUACCUGCGACCAGUACCAAAACUGCCUCCAUUGUCUGACGGAUUCCCACUGCGGGUGGUGCGAGUUGACCAAUUCGUGUCAGUCGCGGUUAAAGGACGAAAAGGAGACCUGCUCGCACGACGGCGACUGGAAAUUUUUAACGCUGCAGCCCAGUUCCUGUUCCAAUUGCUCAAACUACAUAUCAUGCGAGUCGUGUAUCGUCACUAACCUGUGCGAGUGGUGGGUGGAGGAAGCCAAGUGCACGAGGAUUGGGCAAAAGUCCAAAGCCGCUACGACCUUGGACCAGUGCCCGACUCCCUGCUACCAACGCUCAGGCUGCGAGUCCUGCCUCAACAGGAAAGGGCGCUGCGUCUGGUGUCAGGCCACGCAGCAGUGUUUCAGUUUUUCAGUCUACACCAGCGAGUAUCAGUUCGGUUUAUGUCGCGAAUGGCUCGACCAAGCUUUCCCGCUAAUAACCACCCACGAGAACAGCUCAAUCACUCCUAAAAUCCAAGAGCAAUGCAAGUCAUGCUCGAUGCACUCGAAUUGCUCGACGUGUCUCGGUUCGUUGAGCUGCGGCUGGUGCUACAGCUCGUCGAACCCGAUGACCGGGGCGUGCGUCCAAGGCGACUUUAACAACCCCCACGUCAAUUGCACCGAAAUAUUAGACGGGCAACAGGCCAAGUGGGCGUACGCCCAGUGUCCUGACGUCGACGAGUGCGGAUUGGGUCUCCACGAUUGCCACACCCACGCCAUCUGUACCAACACCGACGGUUCGUUUAAUUGUCACUGCAAGAAGGGUUACAUCGGUGACGGUCGCACAUCUUGCGUGCGCACUUGUUACAAUGUGUGCGAGCACGGCAAAUGUCAGGGAGAGCCGGACUACGCGUGCAAGUGCGACGUCGGUUGGUACGGUGAGGACUGCUCGAAAAACUGCGGAUGCAACAAUCACUCGGCCUGUCCUAGAGGCUACCAGAUCUGCGACGAGUGUCAGGAUUACACCAUGGGCGAGUUUUGUCAGGACUGUCGUCCAGGAAGUUACGGCAACGCAACCGCGGACCAAGGAUGCCAGAAAUGCGAUUGCAACGGUCACGGGAACAUAGACCAGGGCGAGUGCGAUCGGGAAACGGGAGUUUGCUUCUGCGAAGACAACACGGAAGGUGACCAUUGCGAAAAAUGCCGGCCGAACUAUUCAGGUGACCCCAGAGACGGUAAACAGUGCUACUACCAGUGCGAAGCGCGAGGCUUCCUGAGCGAACCCAAAGGCCAAGGAAUCAGUUCCAUGCAGUACUACGUCCCGCCGUGGGGCGGGCCUCCUAUUAGGGAAUGUUUGUGGAUCAUCAAACCCGACGUAGAAUUCGGAACUCCGAUUAUUCAGUUGCAGAUGAAUGCGUCUCAAUUGAAUGUCACUUGCGGAGAAAACGCGGUCUAUGUAUACGACGGGUUGCCGGAGUUGGUGGAUAUGGGUAGCCAGAGUGCGUUGUCAGCCGUGUUUUGCACCGAAGAAGCCUUGUCGACCACCAUAGUUGAAUCGAAAACGGGUUACCUGACGGUACACUACAAACAAGGCCUGCCAAACGAGCACUUUAGCGCCAUGUACAAAGUGAUCAGUUGCGACAAUUGCGAGGCACCUCGCGAGUGUCGCAACGGGCAGUGCGUCUGUCAAGAGGGGUUUGUCGGAUUCGGCUGCGAAGAAAGUAUUUGCCCGGGGAAUUGCAGCAGCGCUUUGGGGCGGGGCACCUGUGACAAAUCGUACGGUAGAUGUCUGUGCAACGAGGGCUGGACCGGUCCCGCUUGUGAUAUCGAAUUUACUUUGUGGAGCAGCUUUGAGUUUCUAGAAACGAAACUUCAGCUCAUAUUCAUCGAGCUGUUCAAUACCGACCGUCUCGCCUCCAACUUCGAUCACCUCAAAAAAACCCUACCUCGUUUCGGACACUCGCUAGUGUCCGAUCGACGCGGAUCGUUGUGGAUGUUCGGCGGGUAUUCUCUGUCUCACGGUCCUCUGAACGACAUUAGACUUUUCGACACGCGCAACAUCACUUGGAUGCAAGUGACCGUCGAGUCCACACCGGACGCCAAGAUGCCUCAGGGUAGAUAUUUCCACGGAGCCGACAUCGUCCAUUCGAAACAGGCGAUAUUCGUAUUCGGCGGCCUGACGAAACACCAAAAGAGUUUUAACAAUCGCACUUUGAACGAUUUCUGGCAAUUCGACAUCCAGAAUCAGCGGUGGAGCGAAAUCACCUCGCCCCACGGUUACCACAAACUGGUGGGAUACUGGAGCAGCAAUUGGCCGCCCGCGGUGUACGGCCACACCCUCACUUACUAUAGGAACGCGGACAGGGAGGAGAGUCUGAUACUAAUCGGUGGCGAUUCGCCUCAGUACGGUUUCGUCAACACCAUUUGGGAGUAUAAACUGGACAAGGAUGUUUGGCAGCCGGUGAAUACCAAAGGCAAGGGUCCGCCAGGGCUUAUAGGACACAGUACGGUGUUCCAUUCACAAACGAACAGCCUGUACGUGUUCGGGGGUUACGUGUACGACAGGCAACUGUCGGUACUAUCCAACAGCCUGUAUCAGUUGAAGUACGACACGAAAACCUGGAUUGAGUUGUCGGGCAGCGGCAACAAUCGCAAUUUGCCCAAGCCGAGGUUCUUUCAUACUGCGGUGACCACUGAUCAUUACAUGCUGGUGUUGGGCGGGCGCAUAUAUCCGUGGAAUAUCACCGACACUUUGUACGUUUUCUCCUACAGCUGCAAUCAGUGGAUCAAUUUGAUGACCGAAGCCGUCGAAAAGAUCGGUCCCUACCCGAGACAAACCUACGCCCAAGCGAUGACGAUCGAGCCGGACGGCGACGCCGCUUACGUCAUCGGCGGCUGGGGAAUCGAUUCGCAAUCGACCGUCCUGAAAAUCGAGCUUCCGAUGGACAUUUGCAAUUUAUUUUCGACCCGGUCGAAUUGUCUUCGGGUGCCUGGUUGCGCUUAUUGCGCCAACAAGGUUAACGACGAAACGGUGGUGGAAAUAUGUCACAGGAACACGGACGACUGCCCACUGGGCUCGCAGACCAACACUUCGAGGGUGUCCAAUCUCGGACGCGUAUGUAACGAGAGUCUGCAGUAUGGCAACAACUGCACGUCUAUUUCGGACUGCGCCACCUGCAGUCUAACACCGUACUGCGUUUACUGCAAUAACAGCAACACGUGCGUCAACUCGGCGGAUAACGACUGUCCCGCGGCCAUUUGUCCGUACAACAGAUGCGUGGCGACGGAUUGCAUCCAGUGCCUGCAGAUGCCGGGAUGCGAAUGGAGUUACUCGAGGAGACAGUGCGAGGCCGUUUCAGGUGCGCAAGAAACAAACGUGGUGUCGUUGUGUCCGCCGUCAUGUGUAAAUUACACAACCUGCAGCAGUUGUUUGGAAACAGUCGAUUGUCGUUGGUCCACCCAACUCGACGAAUGUGUGUCAGCCUCGUACCAACCGAUCUACUGCGCGGGCGGCGUCUGCGGUCUCGUCCUCGAAGCCGAAAACAAGCAGCAUUGCCCCGAGCCUUGCAGUUCGUUUAAGCAAUGCUCGAAUUGUUUGAGGCACGCGUACUGCGGCUGGUGCUCCGCCCCCGACGAAUCCGGCGCUGGAGUAUGCACUGAGGGAUCGAACGAGAGGCCGAUGAUGGGUACUUGUAAUCGAGUGUACGAGGAUGAAAAUAAUCUAUUGGAAGGUGAAAGCGACGAUCUUAACGUGACGUACACGUGGCAUUACGUAAAAUGUCCUAAGGAGAACGAAUGCGCCAAUGGCCACCACAGCUGCGCGGAAGAGUCGGAAAUUUGUGUCGAUUUGGAUGAGGGCUUCGAGUGUCAGUGCGGCAAAGGGUACAAGUCGGGCCUUAACGGUUGCGAACCCGUGUGUCCUCUCGGUUGCGUCCGAGGUCAAUGCGUGCAACCUAACAAAUGCCUCUGCGAUUUCGGAUACGUCGGUGCCAACUGCAGCAUUCAGUGUCUGUGCCACGGUCAUGCCAAUUGCGAGGGUCCCGAUAAGUUGGACAAGUGCCUGACUUGUCACAACAACACGAUGGGAACGAGGUGCGAAUCUUGUAAGCCACUGUACGUGGGAGAUCCGGCCAAUAACACCCAGUGCGUGCCCUGCACCGAAUACUGUCACGGUCACAGUUCCAUUUGCGUCGAGAACAGUACCGAUUUAGAUCCCAACGAUUACAUCUCGUACGAUGAUCUAAUGGCGACGUUGACAGUCGGACCGAAAGCGAACGCUAAAUGUUUGAGGUGCGAUAACCGCACGGCGGGAGAUAGGUGUGACGAAUGCAUUCCGGGCAACUUCAGGGGAUCGGAAGAGCUUAAAGAUUCGUGUCGACCUUGCGACUGUCACGGCCACGGCGACACCUGUCACCCUAUCACCGGCGACAAAUGCGAUUGCAAAAACAACACGAUUAGCGACGACUGCGUGGGAUCCGGCAAAAACUCCGCCCAUCCGUGUUGGAUGGUGCAGUGUUCGAAAUGCAAGGAGGGUUACCUCGGUACCCCCACCCAGGGCCAUCAGUGUUACAAACACAUGUCCGUCGAUUCGAAGAUGUGUUUCGACGCCAAACCAAUUGACGAAUGCAAGAUCAAACCGAAACCCCUUCACCCGGGCGAAAUAGUCUUCUUCGUUAUCCAGCCGAGGUUCAUGAACGUCGACAUCCGCAUAAUCAUAGACGUCACCCAAGGUCGUUUGAAUGUCUUCAUGAGCACCCACGACGACACGUACAUCGCUUACCCGAACGGAACGACCGGACUAAACGACAUCGAUCUGGACACCAGAUACAAGUCCGUGGACAACGGCACCUUGAACGACGUCUACGUCGAGAAGGAAGCCGUCGGUCUGAGAACGUACAUCACGAUUACCCAAGCGAAAACCAUUCUCCUGGUCAAAAACUUGGAGGAUCGGCUGGUCAUCACUUUGCCGGAGGAGAACCACAAGCUGGAAACGACUCGAUUCUUUUUGGUACUCCAAGCGUUGGACCCGCCGAACACCGAUAAAAAAGUGUCGUACGGUAUCGUGUUUUCCCGCCAGGAUCAGCUCCACAUCGACCUCUUCGUCUUCUUUUCCGUGUUCUUCAGUUGUUUCUUUCUGUUCCUCGCCGCGUGCGUGGUGGCUUGGAAAGCGAAGCAGGCGGCGGACGUGAGGCGCGCGCGCAGAAGACACGUCGUCGAGAUGCUGCACAUGGCGAAACGGCCAUUCGCCAGCGUCACAUUAAAUCUGUCGGCCAAGCCGAAGCCGAAAAAGCCGGCUCAUUACGACGUUCGGCCGGUCGCCAUCGAACCGACAAGCGACGGUGUAGCGGCGGUAGCCACAGUAUUCGUGAGCUUACCCGGAGGUCAGAAUCUGCCAGUGAAACUGGCAUUGGGGUCGUCCCUAAUACUAAUAGCGCGACAAUUUCCGACGAGUAGCAGGAUAUUUUUAAGGAGACGUUCCAUUCACGCAGCUCCCUCGACUUAGGUUACUUUUGUAUAUUGUUUAUAUGUAUUAUUUAAAGUAUUUGUUAUUAUUUAUAAGAAAAUAUACAAGUUGUUUUAAUAU